AUGUUUCAUGAUAAGUAUUUACAAAGUUUCAAUGCUCCCAAUGUAACACUCAUCGACAAUGACGGCCGAGGAGUGGUUGGUCUCACGGAGAACAGUAUUGUUUUUGACGGACAGGAGUAUCCAGUGGAUACCCUGGUCUUCAGUAGGAGUUACAAAGUUUCUUUAGACACCAGUCCUGGAGCACGUUUACAUAUUAAAGUGGUUGGCCCAAACUGUCAAUUGCUCGAUGAUAAAUGGGACCAGGGAAUCGCAACUCUGCAUGAAGUCCAAUCAAAUGGCUUCCCCAAACCUGUUUUGUCUGGGGCAGGGGCUCAAGCUGGAGCCACUCCUAACCAGACUACCAUGGUCGAUGAGUUGGCGCAGCAUAUUGCCUUCAUGAUUACCGAGGUCACUAAAGGGGUCAAAAAGGACGGCGAUGAUCCGAGGCCUGGCAACAAGUCCGCCUGCACUAUUGAGCUAACCGUCGAGGCAGAGUCCGCUUGGACUAAGCGGAUUGUGGCUGGCGCAUCACCAUUCAUAGCUAUGUCCAACUGUCCACCCAGCUAUUUCAAUGCCGAAGGCGAACUCUACAAAGUUGCGGCUCCUGGGCCGGAGGCCCUGGAUACAUUAACAAGAGGAAGUAUGUGGGCAAAAGGACACGAGGAUUGGUUGCGAGUAAUCCAAGCCUGGAGAACUGGUGGCAUCCGAAAGGAUGUGAGAGUAGAGCUGCUCUAA